AUGGAGGCGGAGGUCGCCCGGCGGCGGCGGCGGGCUCGGGAGGCCGCGGAGUACUACGGCAGCCAGGCCGUGCCGCGGCGCCUCGAGGAGGCCCUCAACGCGCUCUUCCCCYUGCGCCCCGCAGACCUCUACGGGGGCUUGGCUAACUACUUUUCUAAAUUAUCAAAAGCUCCAGUAAUAUGCAAAUUAGUUGGAAGGAAAGUCCUUGAUGGAGUUGGUCGAUCAGUGUUGGAAGUGGAAAUAUACUGUAUAAUUAAAAAUGAUGAGAAGAGGGUUUGUUCCACUGUAAUCUCCUCUCAUUCUCAAAUUCUUGAAAAUGCUUUAUCUGAAGCAACUGAGGCUGAUGAGAAGGAAAGGAAUGAUUCUGUUAAUGCUGCUGUGGAGUGGGUAAAUGAAUCGCUGAACGCAUUGCUAAGAGACCUGAAGCCCACUGAGCAGUGUGAAGUUGAUAAGAUACUUGGUGAAUAUUUUACAAGAAAAGUAGAAGAAGAAAAAGAAAUUCAAAAAGAAAAAGAAGAAGAAAAGGAGGAAAGCACUUCUCCCGUUCCUUCAUCUGUUCCUCCAGCAGCUGCACUGUCUGGAGGAAAAAAAGGGAAGACAGUGUCAGGUGCAGAGAGACCGAUCCCACCGGCAGCACCUGCGGAACCGGUGCUCCGCGGCAGCGCGGCCAUCGCGGCGACAUCGCUGGCUGUAGCCAAGGCAGGGGCCACUAUUAGCCGUGUCCCCCUCUACUUAUACAUUGCACWGCUGAAACAUGACCAGGAUUCACCUAAGGAAUUGACUAUGCCUCUGCCAAUGGUUAGUCUUUUGAACUGUGGGAAAUUUUCACCUGGAAAACUGAAAUUAAUGAAGGAAAUUAUGCUCAUACCACCAGUUCAGUUAUCACUCAAAGAGAGUAUAGAAAGGAUUCUGGAUAUUCAGAGAGAAGUGGUGAAGCUGUUGGAGGCUGCAUGCAAAGGGCAGCCCAGUCCUCAGCUAGCAGACAAGAAGAAAAGCGGGAUACAUGGUGCAGGGAAGAAAGUUCUGCCACCAGCCAUGAAAAGAAUAUCACACCUAGGGUGCCUUGUAACAGGAUUUGAUAACCUAGAGCAACCUCUCCUCCUGAUACAAGCAGCUUGCAAUAACAUAGGUCUGGAGCUAGGAACAGACAUGUACUUAGCAAUAAACUGUGCUGCUCAUGAAUUGAUGGAUUACAAUAAAGGAAAAUACGAAGUUAUCACUGGAACAUUCAAAAGUCCUGAUGAAAUGGUUGAUCUGUAUGUGGAACUGAUUGAUAAUUUUCCUGCUAUUAUUGCGUUAGUCGAUCCCUUAAGAAAAGAGGACAGAGAGCAGUGGGAUAACGUGUGUCGUGCUCUGGGUGCCCGGUGUCACCUGCUUGCUGAAGAUGCAGCCACGAGUGUUCCCAGCCCUUCAACGGAGCCUGACGGGAACCUGCCCAAAUGCAGCGGCGCCGUCAUAAAAUACCUUAACCAGACCAAGGUAUCAGACCUCCUAGAGCUUACUGGCCUUCUGCACGGUCAAAGACAUAUUACCACAUUAGGAAGUCCAGAUGGAGAAUCUUCUGACGAUAGCCUYGUGGAUCUGGCUGUUGGCCUGGGUGCCAAGUUCCUCAAGUUGGGAGGUCUUUCCCGUGGAGAAAGGGUGACCAAGUACAACCGCCUCCUCGCUGUAGAAGAAGAACUGGCCAAGAAUAGCAGGCUACGGUAUGAAACAAGCUUUGAAUUCCUCAGUUUUGCUGAAGAAGCAGAGCCUGAGCAGCUGUGUGAAGAACCCCCUGRCCCAGGGCAGGCCCCGCCGCCCGCGCAGCCGCUCCCACAGGCCGAGAACCUCACAGCCCAGCUUGCCUAGGGCAGCACCCGGGCUUAGGCUGGCCAGGUCAGGGAAAACAGUUAGCAAGCAGUAAGUUCAGUAGGAAAUGUAUAUAGUGACUACUCAUCUAUACCAGUGCUUUGAKUAGAAAUUCCCAAAGGCUUUCACCCACUAGCUUCUCCUUUCCCAGACUCCUACUGGGACUCUUCCUUCCAGCUGAAACCAAGCUAAUCGGGCAGUGGUUAUCGCUUGAAAAUACCAUGAAAUUCUAGGCUCUAUUUACAACUUGAUGAAACAAACACCUCUGUGUUAACUCCCAAAGUAAAUGUUUGUUUUGAGAAAGCAGAAAUCUCUCUCCAUACAAAGAACAAGCCAUUGACCAACAGGAAAAAAAAAAAMCACAUUUUACAAAAAACAAAGGCCUUGACUGUUGUGUUGCUCCAUCCCCCCACACACCCUCAAUGCUGCUCUUAGAUCCAGCCUAGGAGGGAAAUUUUGCUCCAGUUCUAGCCU